CAGUGUAGUGUAGUUCAAAAAUAAACUGAAUGUAAGCUUGGGGCAUUUGGAGCGAGCAAGCGAGAGUUUAAAGGGUUAAAAUGAACCGGAAGCACUUUCACGGUGUUACAUCCUGUGGAAAUAAGGAUACACAUUUGAAAUGGUCCAUGGCUUGAUACUUUACGUUUAAAAAAAAUCUCCCAAAUGUCAGCAGAAUGAAUUACAUGCCAGGGACCGCGAGCCUCAUCGAGGACAUUGAUAAGAAACACCUUGUUCUGCUUCGCGAUGGAAGAACAUUGAUUGGGAUCCUCAGAAGCAUAGAUCAGUUUGCUAAUUUAGUUUUGCAUCAAACCGUUGAACGCAUCCACGUCGGGAAGAAAUUUGGUGACAUACCUCGUGGGAUAUUUGUUGUCAGAGGAGAGAAUGUCGUCUUGCUCGGAGAAGUAGAUCUGGAUAAAGAGUGUGAUCAGAUCCUCCAGAGAGUUUCCAUUGAGGAGAUCCUGGAGGAACAGCGGACAGAACAGCAAGCCAAGCAAGAGUCGGAGAGAUUGAAGCUGCAGGCGGUGAAAGAGCGAGGCUUAUCGAUUCCUAAAGCCGACACGUUAGAUGACUUCUGAAACAUCUUUAGUUCUUUUUGGAUGAUUUUAUUUGUUUUAUUGGGUGUUUUUUUUUUUAUCUGAGGUCAUUCUGUAUAAAUGAUUGAGGAGUGAGCGUCAGAUUUAGUUUCACUAGUUGCUGUAAAGUCAUGUUUUGAGAACCGCACACCGUCUUUGUUUCUUUCAUGGCAUGAUGCCACAGCGAAAUGAAAGAUGGCGCACCAAACCGAAGCGCUUGGCCGGUCGGCUUUGUUUAAACGACAAUAAUGGUAUACAAGGAAAUAAGUUUAUUUCAGUGUUCACUAUGUUAUGGAUAUGACGCUACGAUUAAGUUGGUAUAUUAUGUAAAACGCACGAAAACAACACUGAAGAUAUUUUUGUUCUAUUAAACCUAUUUUAUACCAAUGAAAA